UUCUCUUUAUGUUAAUUAAUGAUCAAUUAUUCUGCAUCAUCAUCUUUAUAAUAAUAACAAUAUCGAGAUAGAAAAUGGAGGAUCAAACCGCCAACCCGACAUCGUCGUCGUCCGCCGACAAGACGGCGACAGACGAGCCAACAGGCAGCAAUGGCAACGGCAACAACAACAACAACAACAACAAUAAGACGGCGCAGUGCUCAGUGGUCUCGAUUUACCGCGCGAAGAUCGCGGGCGUGCUGCGGCACGUGACCGUGGCGUGGACGAAGAGCCUGAUCAACCACUCGUUCGCGAUCUCCGUCGAGCGGCCCGAGGGCGGCGCGUCGACGUGCAAGGUCGAGCUGAAGCCGUGGCCGUUCUGGAGCAAGAAGGGCUACAAAUCGCUCGAUGUCGCCGACGACGACGAGGAGUGCCGCGUCGACGUGUUCUGGGACCUGCGGUCGGCGAAGUUCUCCGGGUCGGGGAGCCCCGAGCCGACGGCCGGGUACUACGUCGCGCUGGUGUGCGACGAGGAGGUGAUCUUGCUCGUCGGCGACGGCAAUAAGGACGCGUACAAGCGGACGAAAUCGAGGCCGUGCUUGGAAGACGCGGUGCUGGUGUCGAAACGGGAGAACGUGUUCGGCCGGAAGAGCUUCGCGGCGCGGGCGCGGUUCGACGGGCGGAAGAAGGAGCACGACAUUGUCGUCGAGAGCGCGAUCUCCGGCCCGAGGGAGCCCGAGAUGUGGAUCAGCAUCGACGGGGCGGUGCUGGUGCGGGUCAGCAACCUGCAGUGGAAGUUCCGCGGGAACGAGACGGUGAUCGUCGACGAGUCCCCGGUGCAGGUGCUCUGGGACGUGCACGACUGGCUGUUCGCCGGCGGGCCGGGGUCCAGCAGCGGGCUGUUCGUCUUCAAGCCCGGCGCGCCCGACCCGCAGCCGCAGCCGCAGCCGCCGUCCAAGCAGGAACACUUCGGCGAAAGCGAUCAUGCUAGCACAGUUGGUACGAACACGGACACGGACAAAAACAACUGCUCUUCUUCUUCGGUGCGAAAUUUCGGGGGUAAUUCGGAGUUUUGUUUCUAUCUCUACGCUUGGAAAAUAGAAUGAAUUGAUGUGUCAU